CGCCACCAUGGCUCGGGAGAACGGAGAGUCGGGCAAAGACUCGUGGAAGAAGCAAGUGGACGACAUCAAGAAAAUCUUUGAGUUCAAGGAGAUCCUCGGAACGGGUGCGUUCUCAGAGGUGGUCUUGGCUCAGGAGAGAUCUACGGGGAAGAUGUUUGCAGUGAAGUGCAUCCCUAAAAAGGCCCUGAAGGGGAAGGAGAGCAGUAUUGAGAACGAGAUCGCUGUGCUCCGCAAAAUCAAGCAUGAGAAUAUCGUGGCCCUGGAAGAUAUCUACGAAAGCUCUGAUCAUCUUUACCUAAUAAUGCAACUAGUUUCAGGUGGGGAGCUGUUUGACCGUAUAGUGGAGAAAGGAUUCUACACAGAGAAAGAUGCCAGCACGCUCAUUAGACAAGUACUGGAUGCCGUGAACUACCUUCACAGCAUGGGCAUCGUACACAGAGACCUGAAGCCAGAGAAUCUUCUGUAUUUCAACCCUCAAGACGGCUCAAAGAUCAUGAUCAGUGACUUCGGCCUGUCGAAGAUGGAGGGCACAGGUGACGUUAUGUCCACCGCCUGUGGCACGCCAGGAUAUGUGGCUCCCGAGGUGCUUGCUCAGAAGCCUUACAGUAAAGCUGUUGACUGCUGGUCAAUUGGAGUAAUUGCCUACAUCCUGUUGUGUGGUUACCCUCCAUUCUACGAUGAAAAUGACUCCAAACUCUUUGAGCAGAUCUUAAAAGCUGACUAUGAGUUUGAUGCACCUUACUGGGAUGAUAUCUCUGACUCAGCCAAGGACUUCAUCAGCAGUCUGAUGGAGAAGGACCCUGCUAAACGCUUUACCUGUGAGCAGGCCCUCCGCCACCCAUGGAUUGCUGGAGACACUGCUCUCUGCAAGAACAUCCACGAGUCCGUCAGUCGUCAAAUGCGUAAAAACUUUGCGAAAAGCAAGUGGAGGCAAGCCUUCAAUGCCACGGCAGUGGUGAGGCACAUGAGACGGCUUCAGUUGGGCAGCAGUAUGGGCAGCAGCAUGGACGCUGGUCACACGGGCAGUGCCGCCCAGAACCGAGGGCAGGCAGCAAAGCUGACAGCAAGUCCAUCACCAAACCAAACCCAAACCCCAACCCCAGCUUCAACCGUCAACCAAAACCAGAAACCUGUUCAGAGCCAGAACCAGUAUCACAUUAACAACAUGUCUACAGAGUCGCCCCCUAUACCACGAAAAGACUGCACAGCUCCUCCCCACACUUCCUGUUCUCUGGCAUCCGCAGCUUCUUCCCAGGCUCCAGGGGCAGAGCCCUGCAGGCCACACCCCUCUUCAGUUGCUUCGGUGAGCACUGUGUUAACUGGGACCAAGUGACGCCAGGUCCUGCGGGGAGAGAGCUGGGAGGCCACUGCCCUUUAAGACCCGCCCCUCAGCCC